AUGCAUUCUCAACCAUCCCGACCCGCAUGCAUUCGAGCGAAACUUUUAUCCGCACUAAAUUUAGCGGAAAAAGGCAACAAGGAUCUAGGAGUCGCAUCAAACAAUAUCACAGAUCAAAGUGAUCCACUGUUGACUGCACUAGCUAGAUCCAACAACACUGUGACAUCUCACAGAUACGCGCGUCAAAGAUCGACUAAGGUCCCUGUUCGUGUCCCAGCUGGAUUUCCCAUCAACCAAAACUUCAGUCAAAGGUUAAUCUGUAGCUUUGAGGAUGCGAAGGGAGAAGAUAAAGAUAUUCUGGCUCUAGAACACAAACUGCAAACAAGAGCCAAAGUUCUGAAGUGUCUAGACUUGAUCAUCCCUGACUCGCCGUCGCCCAACUCUCCGGUCUUACGAAGUGAAGAUGAACUGAUACAGUGGUUAUUAUCAACAUCAAACACUCAACCGGAAGAAGAAAAGAAUUCAAAGACGAUGGCAUCGAGUGUCUCAGGAUCAAGAUCUAUUGAUUUAUCUUCGGGCAACACACCAAGUCAUAGUCAAUCAGGAGGAUCAACGUCUUACUCGUAUCUCCCUACGCCACCUCUAAGCUCCUCAUCAACUGGAAGGAGUCACCACUCAAACAAAACUCCUUCUUCUUUGAGCUGGGCAAUUCCGAGACCAAGUAGGCUUAAACGAUCCCAAGAGACUAAGAAGGAUUGA